AAUUGUAACUAAACAGUUAACAUGGCGGACGACGACGCUGACAUUCCUGAUGCUGGAGCCGUAUUUACCUUCGGAAAAACUAAAUUCAACGACAACAUACCUGGACAGUUUUGGAUAAGAAAUGACAAAGUUGUUCAAGUAGCAUGUGGGGAUGAACACACCGCUUUGGUAGCCGAAAGUGGUCGGCUAUUUACAUUCGGAUCCAAUUCCUGCGGGCAAUUAGGUUUAAAACAAGAUAAAGUUGAAAAGCCGACACCCGUUAAAGCUUUAAAACGAGAAAAAGUAACGCUAGUUGCUUGCGGAUUUAAUCAUACAAUAGUUGGUACGAUGUCUGGACGGAUAUAUGGUUUAGGUAGCAAUAACGAAUGUCAAAUAGCUCAAGACGGUGAAACUAUAACAGACUCAAAGAAGCCUGUGCACAUAAAAAAUCUACCUGAGACUGAAUACAAGCAAAUUUCUGUUGGAACGCAUCACUCAGCAGUAUUGACAGCUGAUGGAGAUUUGUUUCUAUGGGGUAGCAGUAGCGAAGGUCAAUUGGGUGAAGACACCGAAAAUAUAAUCGAACCAAAAUUGUUUGUUCUUCCCACUAAAGAAGCGAUUAAACAAGUGUCGUGUGGGAGUUAUUUUACAUUGGUUCUCACGAAAUCUGGAAAAUUAUACGCUUUUGGAGAGAACGAUUCAUAUCAACUAGGUCUAGGAGACGAUAAUAAUCGAACGGAGCCGACAUUAGUCCAAAUUAAGGAACCUCUUCAAAAUAUUGCUUGUGGAGGUAAUCACGCCCUUGCUUUAACUUCUUCCGGUGAAGUAUACUCUUGGGGAGAUGGCAGGUAUGGCCAAUUAGGUCUUGGUACUAGAAUUAAAGAUAACUAUUGCCCUGAACCAACGAAAAUCGAAGGUAUUGGAAAAAUUGAUCAAAUCUAUUGCGGUCACUCUCACUCUGCUCUAUUAACUAAGAAAGGAGUUCUUAUGACUUUUGGCGAUGGUAGACACGGUAAAUUGGGGCACGGAGAAGAUCGUUUUGUAAACGAAUUUCAUCCUGUUGUUGUUGAAAGAUUUCGCAAUAUUCGAGUUGAAGGAGCUUCUUGUGGCGGAUGUCAUACAAUUGUUCUUGGAAGUCGAAAAGAAGAAAAUGAAAGUUCAGAAGAAGAGCAACAACAUACAGUUAGAAAUUCUUUAGAUUCUUAUAGAGAAAAUUUAGACUUAAGUGCAAGUUUUACCGCAAGAAAGCGGAGACAAGACAACUUGAGUUCCAGUAUAAAUAAUAAAACAUUACCCACCCUAAAUAAUUCCAUGAAGCCCAGUCCAAGGUUUGAACAUAGUCAAGGACAUCCUACGAGAAUUGAACCUAUGCGAAGAAAUGGAGUAAAAGCUGCACCACUUUUAAGGAAUGACAUGGAUUCAAUUCAUGGAAGGAAGGAGAGAAUGAUAGAGAAAAGCGAUAGUGACGAAGAGAGAAGUAAGAUCAAACCAAAAGAGGAGCAAAUAGAUGAGGAAACAGAGCAAAAAAUUGACUCUGAUAAAGACGAAAUUGAAGAUUAUGAUAAAAGGGAUAAGGAUAAUAGAGAACCUAAAGCCGAAGGUGACUCAAAAGAAGAUAGCUCUGAUUAUGGAGCAAACGUUAGAAAAACUAAGAAAUUCGAUAGAAAAAAGAUAGCAAAAAAAUCUAGAAAGGAUACAAAAACAAGCAAGAAAAGUGACGAGGAUGAAGAAGAGUGCGAAAAGGAAGAAAGAGAAAAGGAAAAAGAUGAGAGUUCAAAUGAAAAUGAGGAUGAUAUAGACAGAAAUAAAUUAAAAGAAAAAGUAGAUUCUUCUAAAAAGGGAAAAUCAGAACGCCCAACUCCAGUAGCCAGGCGUUCUCAUUCACCUGUAAUUAAAAGGAGAAAUAACGAAAGUGCCGACGAUGAUAGCGGAAGUGAUGGCUCUGAAGAAAGCGAAGAAACAACGCCACCGCCUCGCGUUGGUCAUAGGAAUAGGGCUGAAGCGUCUGGAAACUCUCGUGGGCGAACAAGCGAAAGAGAUGAACAGAGAGCUAGGCCUAAACCCGUAGCUAGGCAGCAAAAAGAAAAAAGGAAAGAAAGCGAAGACGACAGUGGUAGAGAAAGUGAAGAUGAACGUGAGCAAGCUUAA